AUGGCUGAUUCCAGCGAGUCCCGGUCGGUCGCGCGGGCUACCAAGCCCGUCAGUGAAGCUCUGCUCAACGAGAAGUGGGACCGUGCCAUCUCUUCUGUGAUCAUCAAGUCUUCCCUCGGCCUGUCUUUCGGUGUUGUUUUCUCAGUGCUUCUAUUCAAGCGACGAGCUUGGCCCGCCUGGGUUGGCCUCGGUUUCGGUGCUGGACGUGCCUGGGAGGAGGCGGACGCUUCUUUCCGCCGCGGCGACUCGCCUAUCCGCGAUGCUCUGCGCCGUUAA